AUGCUCCCUUUGAAAGCAGUCACGUCUCCUUCUGUUGUUCUCACUUCUCACACCGCGAGUAAACAACUUACCAAGAAAAGAAACAUUCGCAUGGGCGGUUUGUUCGACAUGUUGACGGGAAAAGGCGGCGAAGGAACCCCGAAAGUGAACGCGUCUUCGAUUUACGAGUUACCGAACGGUACAGACGUGGACGGGAACGAAUUCGACUACUCUUCGUUAAAAGGGAAAGUAGUUCUAAUCACGAACGGACUUGUUGCGCUCGAGAAGAAAUAUAAAACCGAAGGUCUGGAGAUUCUUUUGUUUCCAAGCGGACAGUUUGGAGGGCAGGAGUUGGCGAACAACGCGGACAUUAAAAAGUUUGCCAGAGAGAAAGGGUUCAACGGGACCGUCAUGGCGAAAGGAGACGUGGAAGGUGCAAACGCAACGCCGAUGUGGUCGUAUUGUUUGGACAAAUUUCCGGGAGGCGUAGGAUGGAACUUUAAGGCGAAGUUUAUCGUCGACCGCGAAGGCAACGUCGUGAACAGAAACAGUUCCUCCGCGCAAGACCAAGAGGCGCUGAUUAAACCGUUGCUGUAA